AUGUCCCUACAUAUAAUAAUAGACAACAUUAUACGGGACAAAAUGGAUAGUAUAUUAAAAGACAUUUUGGCUACAAAUAUAACAAACAUGAGUGACUACGCCAUCGAUGGCAAUGAUAUGGUCGGCGGUGGCGGUGAUGGUAACUCCUGUGCCAAUACAUACGAUAUAAUGGGAAACUUUGACUUUAAAGAGUUUAAUUUCCCGAACCGGGAGUACCUCAACCCACGGCCAUUCACGUGGUGUGAGUACACAAAGAUUGCGCUCUAUGUGGUGGCCAUCGCAGCCGUUAUGGUCGGCAAUAUCGGUGUCAUUCUGGCCGUAGCCCUCAACACGUCUCUCAGAAUCACACAACAGGUUAAGAUAAACUAUUACCUAGCAAACUUGGCAGUGGCCGAUGUGCUGAUAUGCGUGUGCUGUAUGUGGACACAUCUGGUCAAUCAUCUAACUGAGCCCCUGUAUGUGUUGGGCCCU